AUGGCAGCUUUCCAGAUUGUGUCGGACCUCCACCUUGAGAAUCCCCGCGCAUACGACCUGUUCCACAUCCCUCCCAAAACUCCCUAUCUCGCACUCCUGGGAGAUAUUGGAACCGCGAGGGACGACGAGCUGUUUGCCUUUCUGGAAACGCAACUUCGGCACUUCGAGCUGGUCUUCUUUCUACUGGGAAACCAUGAGCCGUACGGCUCCAACUGGUCGAUCGCGAAACGUCGGGUGAGAGCGUUCUCUGAAGACAUCAGUCGGCGACGAACCCAAGAGACGGGACUGGGAAAGUUCGUCUUUCUUGACCAAACACGAUAUGACAUUUCCGACGAUGUGACAGUGCUCGGAUGUACAUUUCAUUCCAGGGUUCCCAAGUCUCAAUCACUGUCAGUCAGCUAUCGUCUGAAUGACUUCUACGACAUUAGUGACUGGACUGUCGAAGCUCACUGCGAAGCUCACGAAGCGGAUCGAAGAUGGCUGAAUGAGCAAGUAUCGCAGAUAAUCGCUGCAAAUCCUCACCAGAAAAUCGUCAUUUUCACCCAUCAUUCACCGACAGUCGAAUCCGAAGCUUGUGAUCCUGCCCAUACUAGCAGUCCGAUAUCCUCAGCCUUCUCAACCGAUCUCACUGGCGAGGAUUGCUGGGACAAGCCACAAGUAAGGCUUUGGGCAUUUGGACAUACACAUUACAACUGUGAUUACACCCAACAACGCACGGGGAAAAGAGUGCUGGCAAACCAGAGGGGCUACUAUUUUGCUCAAGCGAAGGCGUUUGACCCGGAAAAGGUGGUUCAUGUUUAG